AUGUCAGGGGCACAGGGAGCACAGCCGCCGGGCAGUACAACAGCAACAACAUACGAGUCAGUGCCAGGAGGAGAGAAUAAGACCAAGGUUAAGGUAGACUCAAAGGAGGAUCAGGGCAUGAUUCAGAUCGACAAAAUCCAGGACAAGGUUCCUGAUGCUGCUGGGAAAGGAGGCCCUGUCUUUGGCGCUGGCAAAGAUGAGAACAAGAAAGACUUGGGAGUUACCGGCACUGGCUAA